AUGUUCACAUUUACACCAAGUUUAUGUGGUGAUAACCAUCUGUAUACUCCUGCUACACUUCAAAGUCCUCUUUAUCCCCGUUACUUCCCUAACUCUAUAGACUGUAACUGGACUAUUUCUGACACCAAUGGAUCAAGGAUUCUGUUAACGUUUUUAGAAUUUGCGUUGGAAAGUCGUUCAGGUUGUAUUUAUGAUUACUUGGACGUUUAUGAUGGUGACUCCUCGUAUGCACAAAAACUUGGGCGAUAUUGUGGAAACGACUCAAAACUAAGUCUGACAUCAUCUGGAUCCCACCUCUUUAUUGCGCUCCACUCGGAUGGUAUUAUACAAAAACAAGCAUUUGUUUUGAAUUUCUCAAAUACAGUUGGUUUAUGUGGUGAUAACCAUCUGUAUACUCCUGCUACACUUAAAAGUCCUCUUUAUCCCCGUUACUUCCCUAACUCUAUAGACUGUAACUGGACUAUUUCUGACACCAAUGGAUCAAGGAUUCUGUUAACGUUUUCAACUUUUGUGUUGGAAAGUCAUUCAAGUUGUAAAUAUGAUUACUUGGACGUUUAUGAUGGUGACUCCUCGUAUGCACAAAAACUUGGGCGAUAUUGUGGAAACGAAUCAAAACUAAGUCUGACAUCAUCUGGAUCCCACCUUUUUAUUGCGUUCCACUCGGAUGGUAUUAUACAAAAACAAGCAUUUGUUUUGAAUUUCUCAUAUACAGUUGGUAGAAACGUUACAAUCUGCACGAAAAAGAUCGACCUUGGGUUUGUAAUGGACAGUUCUGGCAGCAUCGGACGUCAUAAUUUUGAAAAAACCAAAUCAUUCAUAAAAUAUUUUACGGAUUAUUUCAAAAUUUCUCCAAACGAAACAAGAGUGUCGGUGAUAACGUUCGCGACAAGGCCAACAUUACAUUUUGGAUUUUCUCGAGAAUUCAGGACCAGACAGGAUCUUUAUUUGGCAAUAGAUAAAAUCCCAUACAACGGAGGGAAAAGGAACACCGCGAUGGCUUUAUUGAACGCAUCUAUAGAUAUGUUUCAUACACAGAAUGGUGCUAGGAUUUCAGGAAUAAAGAGAAUUUUAAUAGUUUUGACUGCUGGCAAAAGCACUCGAGAUGUUCAUCAUCCUUCUCAAAAACUCAAAAACCUGGGUGUCGUAAUAUUCUCAAUUGGAGUUGGUUCAGGAAUCGAUGUUUUAGAGCUCGAAAAAAUGGCUUCCUCUCCUGCAAAAGACCACGUGUUCCUAAUCGACAAUUUCAAUGAGUUCGCUGAUUUGGCUCACAAUAUGUCAUUUAAUGCUUGCAAUGGUACUUUAAAUGCGUUCAGCAGUGAAGGCAAUACAACUAUAGUGGUUAUCGCUGUUGUUGUUCCAACUUUCGUUUUACUUGCCGGGCUUCUCAUUGCUUAUUGGCUUUACCGAAAACGAAGAAACGCACGGCAACAAGAAGUAUUCAAUAUCCCUAUACACGAGUUAAACAAAGCACGAAAAGCCUCUAAAGAUAACAUGGACAUUCUAUUUCCUGAACACCUAAAGAACGUGGACAGUUCCCCAAGGAAAAGAUUACCAUCCAUUCACGAACAUAAUAGUAAAGAAGAAAAACAGGAAGAAGGCAAGUAUAUAGUGAAGAAUAUUGAAAUAUACUAA